AUGCAAAAACAUUUUAGGGUGGAAGACGCCGGUUCGCCAGAUACUCCAUCCGAGGAAGUUACCUCUGGCCGGACGGUCGAACGGUCUGAUCCUCAGGAUGGAGUUCCCGCAGUGAGCUUCCAUAAGGUGGAGGAGAACGUAAUUGAGUUGCUGGUAGUGGUCACGCCACGCAUGAACAUGGUUCUUGGAAAAAGACUGACGGAGUAUAUAAUUGCUACAAUGGGCUCGGUGGCGCACAAUUUCAAGCACCCCAGUCUGCAAGCUUCACUGAAAAUAAGUAUUGUGGAUAUUCUCCUGCUCGAUUCCAACUUUGCGAGGAGACAGCGUCUAGAAGAUUGGUCAAAUAGGAAUCACGAAGAAGUAAUGGGAAAGUUUUGCAAGUGGGCCAAUACACUGAGACAACACCGAACCUGGGAUUCCGCGAUUCUGCUGAACGUUGGAAACUUCAAAUCUACGGCACUAGGAGUGGCUCAUUACCAGGCCAUGUGCAGUCAAGAUAGUGGUUGCCUCGUUGUUGUCGACCGGGGAUUCGGAACGGCUGACAUUAUCGCCCACGAACUAGGUCAUCAACUUGGUGCAAAACAUGACUUCGAGACUGGCUCUGAGUGCGGUCACGCCGAAAACUCCCAGCACUCCGGGGCCAACCAACCAGUGAGUAAUUGGCUUCAUAGCCAGGGCUUUAACAACUCUUCGAGCAGGCAUUCGAAACGAAACACGCUAAUGUCCGGAAUUCUCAAUUUCGAAUACUAUCCCUUUCGUUGGUCUGCCUGUAGUCGUGCAAGCAUCCAAAACUUUCUUUCGUAA